AUGCCCCACGGACGCUGGAAUCACGACGAUCAGCGGCAUUUGUGUGGUGCACAUCGCGACAACAGGGUGGUGCCGUAUGAAGGCGUCAAAGUUAGCGGCAUGAGCUCUGCUGCUCGAGAGCUGGUCACCGCAAUACUAUCAGAUUUCCUACUGUACCUUCCUACCCAGGCUCGAAAGCUGCGCUUGGCGCAGGCGGAAUCUUGGUAUCACGAAACCUACUUUUGCUGGAUUGGCGAGUGUGGCUAUAAUGAUCCGUUCUACUAUCGCAUACAGAGUCCUGUCGUCAUUGUCCAAUUCGACCAUCAUGCAGGUGUGUUCCUCACGAACAAAGAUCCUGCGAAGUUCCACAUUGACACACUACUACGAACACCCAAUGGCGGCGAUUACGGCAUGGCCAUCAGGCCCUUGAUGAAAACAAUGGCACAAGAUUUUGUCUGGGCUAGGUAG